AUGUACAAUUUGAAUACAAAUAUUUUAUUAAAUACAGAAAUUACUAGUCCUCUAGACCAAUUUGAAAUAAGAGACCUAUUAAGUAUAGACGCUCCUAUUUUUAACCAUUUACAUAUAUCUUUAACUAACAUAGGAUUAUACUUAGUAAUAGGACUUAUCCUUAUAUUAUCUCUUAGUAUCUUAACUACAAAUAAUAAUAAAUUAGGAAGUAGUAGAUGAUCUAUUAGCCAAGAAUCUUUAUACGCAACAAUUCAUAGUAUAGUUGUAAAUCAAAUUAACCCUAAAAGCGGUCAAAUUUAUUUCCCAUUUAUUUAUACUUUAUUUAUUUUCGUUUUAAUAAAUAAUUUAAUAGGAUUGGUACCAUAUAGUUUUGCAGCUACAAGUCAUUUUAUUUUAACUUUUGCUCUUAGUUUUACUAUAGUUUUAGGUGCAACUAUAUUAGGAUUCCAAAACUAUGGAUUAAAAUUCUUUUCUUUAUUAGUUCCAGCUGGUUGUCCUUUACCUUUAUUACCAUUAUUAGUUUUAAUAGAAUUUAUAUCUUAUUUAGCUCGUAAUGUUUCUCUUGGAUUAAGAUUAGCUGCUAAUAUCCUUUCAGGUCAUAUGUUAUUAAACAUAUUAGCUGGAUUUACUUACAAUAUAAUGACUUCUGGUAUUAUUUUCUUCUUCUUAGGAUUAAUUCCAUUAGGAUUUAUUGUAGCUUUCUCUGGAUUAGAAUUAGGUAUUGCUUUAAUACAAGCACAAGUGUUUGUAGUUUUAUCUUCUAGUUUUAUUAAAGAUGGAUUAGACUUACAUUAA